CAAAUACCGGACCCACCAUGGUGACUAGGCCAACCUAAACCACGCCCGGAGCCCCACACUCGGCUACCUUAAGCUAUCCACUUAUUACGAAGCUAUUUCAGCCUCGCCCUGGCAAACUUUCCGGAUAAUUGUCAGCCUCGCCUUACCGACCCAAAUCCCACUGGCAGUCCCGAGCUGCGAAUUGCAUCCCGCAUUCCUGCUUCCUUAUCUGCGAAUUACGCUCGUCUGGCAGUUUGCGAGACAUCAGAAAGUCGCUGUUAGCAAAGGAAUUAGAAAUUCACACAUCUACGCCUAUUCGUGCUCUAACCGCCGCGCUUCGAAAAGAAAAAAAGUCUAAAUUCCACCGAACCGGCCACCAAUUCCGGGGACCGUCUCGUAUCCCGGCCCCGUCCGAGCGACGUCUACCACCUUCUUAGCUCUCACCUUUCUGAAAAGGAGCGAGGGCAGGAAUACAUACUGUCAAAGGAGGGGGAACCAAAUCCUCCAUCCUACCUAUCCCAUCUCAUCCCAUUCCACCCUACCCAACCACAUCGACAACCGAACACAAUGUCGCAAACACCAGUCAAAGUGCCGCAAUCGGCGGCCUCCUACACGCCCGCGACGCAGGACUCAGAUCUACGGUCGCAGAUCAACAUGCUUCUCAUCCGAGAAGGCCACAUCGCCAAGAUCCAAGAACACCUCCUCCACUCCCUAAACGCGCACACCUCGAACUGGCCGUCAGCCGUACAGACGCACGCCCUCGCGCUCCUGCGCUCAGGCGACGUGACCACAUUCCCCGCGCUCGUGCAGCGCGUCCUCAAGGACGUGCGGCACGACACCUUCGCCGCCUCCGCUGCCGCCUCUUCCGACCCUAACAGUUCCGAAAAUAACACCAACGGCACCACCUCGAACGGGAAGGCGGGCGUUAACGGCUCCAGCAACGGUAACGGCAACGGUAGCGCGGGCGGUGGGGAUAACAACAGUAACAACAAUUUGGCAGUGCCGCAGGCCGUCGUCGACGCCGUCCUGAAGCUGACGCGCGAGUGUCUGGAGUCCGUGUGCGAGGUCGACGACGGCCCGGCCGGCUAGGAGGCUCGUCCGGAUUCUUCUUCUUCCUCUUCUUCUUCCUCCUCCUCCUCGCCGCGCCCGCCCCCAGCACCGGCACCGGCUCGCAACGCGGAUCCGUCUUCCCCCACCAACAACGAUCAACAUAACGACCCGUUGACGACGGCAGUGGAUGAAGAGAGUACCAUACACUGCGCAUUUAGCACGAGGAAAGGAGAAUAGACGAGGGGCGGUAGAAG